AUGGCAAUUGGUCAGCAUGGUCCGUAUGGUCCACUUUUUCUGUCACUUGCGAUGAAGGACUCCAGAAGAGAUCAAGGACGUGCACCAAUCCUAAACCAAACGCUCUGGGCGACGACUGUGUGGGUGAUAACAGCGAAUAUACUAUAUGUCUGAAUGAUCCUUGUGGCGCAAGAAAUGGUUGCUGGUCGAGUUGGGGUUCAUGGCAGAGCUGUAAUAUGUGGAGUGGGUCAGAAGCUUAGGGACAGGACCUGCACGAACCCAAGUCCUUCUGCAUACGGCAAGGCGUGUGAGGGAAACACGGAGGCCUUUGCUGUGUGUGUAAACAGACCAUGUAACGUUGUAGCCUUCACUGCUCACGGGAUCAACAUUUUGUCAAAUGGUGUAUAUUCAUUUCCUUCUGUGAUCUUCAUCGAAGGCGAUUCGUACAAUUCCUUAACUGGACACUUAACAGCUAAGGGGGACGGGGUUUAUUACUUCACUGUGGUUAUCUGCUAUUGGCCUCGAAAUGCUUUGGGUUUCGGCAUCUACAAGGGAACUGCCGAUAUGACCAGUGUUACACGCUUGUCGAUUAACUAUGCAUAUAAUGAGGGGGACGCUACAUGUACAUCGGCCUCCUCAUCUGUUAAGCUGAACAGAAACGUGUGGGUCAGGGUGCUAAUGAAUCGGCGUUACACAUCAGAACUUUAUGAAGCUAUUAAUGCUUGGAACACAUUUACCGGAGCUCUGGUCCAAGAGCUCUAAUAUAUAUGUAAUGUUUUUUUACCUUGAAUUUACAUUCGUUUAAUUGCAGUCUUUUUUUCUUUUUCUUUUUUUCUGGAAUGUCUCAUUAACGCAAAAUAAACUAACAAUAUCUUAAAAUAUGUUUAUCAAUACCAAAUAUAAUGUCUUCAAAAAUGUAUCAUAAAAAAAUAUUCUUACUGUCUCUGUAGACACUCGUAUCUUUUCGGCCUAUACCGUCAAGAGAGGAACUUAUUUUCUCAUGAAUAUGCAAACAAUAAAAACUAUGUCACAGCCAA